CCCAGUUUGCGCUAUCCACCAGGGCAUGUUACCAAAAGUUUGAGACUUUGACAAAAAAAUCAAAAGAGACGUUUUCAGCAUUAAGCGCUCGUACUGCUCAAGCUAUGGAUUUGUGGAUUGCAGCUGCAAAAGCUAAUACUUUUGAGCAGUUAAGGACUGUGUAUACUCUGGAGAAAUUUUACAAAAUGUUGCCAAGAGAGCUUGCCGCAGCGGUGCGAGGCAAAAAGCCAAAAAGCUUGCAAGAAGCUGGUCAUUAUGCUGAUGAACUAGAUUCCUUUCAGGACAAAGAGGAAUUGCCUAAAGCAUAUGUUAAAAAACCGGGCAAUUACAAAGGGAAUCAACCAGCGGGUGGAGGAAGUGAGUGGAAGAAAAAAACGUGGCCAUCUGUAGUUAAGUCGGAGGACAAAGGGGAGAGCUCUGUUCCUGCUGCUGUUCCCGUGCGUCCGUCAGUUUACCAACCGAGUAAAGCAGUUUUGGAGAAUUUAUGCUUUCUAUGUAAACAACCGGGGCACAGAAAGGACCAGUGUUCCCAACUGAUUAAGAAGCAGAAUGUGAGUGUCAGCAAAGGGACUAAAAUAGCGGUAGUACAGAGAGCCCGUGAUUAUGAAGAACCAGGAGGGCAGUCAUCUCCGGAAAUUUCCCGUUGGUCGUCUUCGGAUUCUAAUUCCGACCAGGACUGGGAGUUUUCAGCUCCUAGUACUGAGAAUAGUCCCAUCACCCAAAGGAAAAGAAGUAAACAGACUCCUGCGGAGAGAAUCCAAAUGAGGAAUUACAUUUAGCAUUCUGUAAUAAAAGGAAUCUGGCCACAAGCCUGUGCUGAACACCAGAACAACCACUUCCAACAGAGGGUUAUGGGCCCAGGAACAUAGCUGAACUAUGGAGCACAGGACCA